AUGUCGAGUCGAUACUCAUUGAGGCAGACGCCUAGAAAGAAGGAGCUCUUUGAGGGCAUGGUUGAGACCCCCCGACGUACCUCUUCCCGGCGCAAAUCCCCCGAGAACGAACCCACGGCAGACACCACCGAGUCCAAGAUGCCUGCCCGUACUCCCCGCCGCCGCGCCACUGGCAAGUUCCGCGAGGAGCUCGACGACGAGAUCGUCUCCGAUGGGCCCGUCGCCAACGGCAAGACCGAGGCGGAUGAGCCCCUGUCUAACGGCCACGCCAACGGAUACUCCAAUGGGCACGCCAAUGGACACACCAACGGACACGUGAAGGAGGAGCCCGUCAAUGGUCACGCCACCAACGGACACGUCAAGGACGUCAAGACAGAGCUUCCUGCGAACGGCAAGGCCCCUACCAAGGAGAACGCCGAGCGCGUCUACAGAGAGGGAGAGAUCAUCGACGGCUGGAAGGUCGGCACCGACCCCAAGAUCGACGCCUCGGGCGAGUUCGAGUUCGGUGGCAGCCUCGGCACGCUGUCUCUGAUGAUCGGCUUCCCUCUCCUGAUGUGGUACAUGUGGAUUGGAGCCACAUACUACGAUGGCAAGCUGCCUUCUCGCGAGGAGGGCCAGAGCUGGGCAGACUUUGGUCGCCAUCUUGCCGACCUCGUCUACACUGGCGCGUUCCCUUCUCUGCGCGCGUGGCGCAUCUACUGGACAUUCUUCAUCUUCGAGGGUGCUUGCUACUGCUUGCUCCCUGGUGUCUGGGCCUGGGGCAAGCCUCUUGCUCAUGAGGGCGGCAAGCAGCUCAAGUACUUCUGCAACGCCUACUUCAGCUGGAACUUCACUAUUGCGGUCAUGGCUGUCCUCCACUUCAGUGGUCUCUUCCCCAUCUACACCUUCAUUGAUGAGUUUGGACCUCUGAUGACUGUGGCCAUCAUCAGCGGCUACUUGGUCUCCUUCGUCGCGUACUUCUCUGCUCUGUGGAGAGGAGCUCAGCACCGCAUGACUGGCUACCCCAUCUACGACUUCUUCAUCGGCGCCGAGCUUAACCCUCGCAUGUUCGGCAUCCUGGACUUCAAGAUGUUCUUCGAGGUUCGCAUUCCGUGGUUCAUUCUCUUCGGUAUCAGCUGUGGUGCCGCGGCCCGCCAGUAUGAGAGAUACGGAUACGUCUCUGGCGAAGUUGCCUUCCUCGUCAUGGCCCACUACCUCUACGCCAACGCCUGCGCCAAGGCUGAGCAGCUCAUCGUGCCGACAUGGGAUAUGUACUACGAGAAGUGGGGUUUCAUGCUCAUCUUCUGGAACUUGGCUGGAGUUCCUCUUUCGUACUGCCACUGCACCAUCUACCUCGCCAACCACCACCCCUCCGAGUACAAGUGGAACCCCUUUGCGCUCACUGCCCUCUUCGUCUCCUACCUGUUUGUCUACUGGGUCUGGGACACCACGAACAGCCAGAAGAACAGCUUCCGUGCUCAGGAGCGUGGCCAGCUCAUCAAGCGCAAGACCUUCCCCCAGCUUCCUUGGGGUGUCGUCAAGAACCCCAAGACCAUCACCUCGGACAAGGGCGAUGUUAUCCUCGCUGACGGCAUGUACGGAUACGCUCGCAAGAUCCACUACACUUGCGAUGCGUUCUUCGCCAUCUGCUGGGGCUUGAUUACCGGUUUCCAGAGCCCCUUCCCCUGGUUCUACCCGGUCUUCUUCUGUGGCAUGAUUGCUCACCGCGCGGCUCGUGACAUCCACCGCUGCCGCCAAAAGUACGGCGAUGCUUGGGCCGAGUACGAGCGCCAGGUCCCCUACCUCUUCAUUCCCUGGUACGGCCGCAUCUUCUCAUGUAUAUACGGAUCACGAUAUUUGCACAAUCUUGUCAAUGAAACUCUGUAA